AUGGCAGAUUAUUGCAAGGAAGUCAAGCUCCUUGCCGAUCAAUUAAGCAACGUCGACAAUCCGAUUUCCGAAAGGAAGAUGGUUUUACAACUAAUUUCGGGACUGCCUAAGGGUGAGUACGACACAGUGGUUGCAUUGAUCACUCAAACCGAUCCUACACCGAGUUUUAGUGAGGCUCGUUCGAUGUUUUUGUUGGAGGAAAACCGUAAAAACAAACAAGAAGAACACGGACCUCACGCUCUCAUCGCACAGCAAGCACCUGUCGCCGCCACUUCACUGCCACCAUCACAACCACCUACUCAGUCCGACCAGCAACGUGGUGGUGGUGGUCGUGGUAGGCGAGGUUGUAGGGAAUAA